AGGUGCGGCGAUUCUCACGGUAUUCAUACCGACACCUGCAUAAAACCCGGGGCGUUGCGUCGCUCGCCGCCGAGAAGGGGAGAGACAUCUGUCCCGUUCGUCGAAGAGUGCAACUUUUACCGGUCCACAUACAUCGGUUUCGACAUGAUCAUCAAUCUGUUGGUUUCCCUGCUGGGGAUCCUCGCCCUGGCGUGGCCGUCGGGGUCCCAAAACUGCGGAGGCACCCUCGAGGACGCCGUGGGCGAAAUGGAGUCGCCGGGCUAUCCCGAGGCUUAUCCGCCCUUCUCCCAUUGCGUCUGGCAGAUUCGGGCGCCUCCCACCCGAACGAUCCUGCUGUCCUUCGUGGAUUUCAACCUAGAGGCGACGGACGACUGCGUCAGCGGGGAUUUCCUCACCGUUGAGGACUCGGAGGGGGGGUCCAACGUCUAUUGCGGGAGGGACCAUCCGUGGUCCAUCGAGUCGAAGGACAACUUCCUCAGCGUCAGCUUCUUCUCGGACGCGGACGACGAGGAGGGGCACGAAUACCGAUUCAAGUUGUCGUAUAUCACGAUUUCCAAGUGCCUUCGGAAUUGGCAGGAAUUCGGAUCGCAUUGCUAUUUUUUCUCGAGCGACGAGAAAAACUUUUUCGAGGCCAAAAGCAACUGCACCAAUCAAGCGACCGGAGCGCGUCUCGCCAGCGUGCAUUCGAGGGAGGAACAGGUUUUCCUGCAGACUUACGCCAAAAGAGCGACGCUCUGGCUCGGGGCGGAACCGACGGGGCCGGGACUCAAUGCUUCACCGUGGAAUUUCGAUUUCAUCGAUGGGAGUCCCGAAGACUAUCAUAACGUGUGGGGAGGAGAAGACCCUUGGAUCCUCGGUGGAUGUAACUCCUCUGCGACCUGUGGAAUUGAAUUAGUCCCCGACAGAUGGCAAAAUAUCGACUGUCAGGAAAGGAAGCAAGUUCUGUGUACGUCUGACGUUGCUUACGACGGAGAUUGGUACGACUGCGACGAUUUCUACGUCCACUUAUCGAGCGGAAAAAUGAAUUUUUACGAUGCCGAGCAAUAUUGUCUGGACUUCCCGGGAGCGCAAAUGCUGAACGUCUCCAACGACGAUCAACAGGGCUGUCUUAGCCUCCGCUUCGGCGACCACUUCACCACCUCUUUCCAAGACGCAACCCUCGACGACACUGCCUUUUGGAUCGGACUGACGAGGGCCAACGGGACGUGGGAGUGGGUGAACGGGUCCCCACUCCAGUACGAGAGGUGGGACGUCGGUUACCCCGAGGGUAGCUCAUCGGAUUGCGCGGUCAUGGUCACCUCGUCUUGGGAGGAUAGCAUGGCGACCAAUAACCAUUCCUUCGUGUGCAAAAUAUGAGCCUCUGAUCCGUUCCCUCAGUAUUGCCGAUGAGACAAUUCUCAUUUGAAUUUUAUUGUACAUACUACUAUGCAUUGAAUAAAAUGAGCAACUGAUUGAAUUUUGUGCUGCAAGGUGGCGCACCAGACCCCA